CGUUGAACGCGGUUGAAGCAUCGGCUUUACAGAAGGCACAAGACGAACGUCGUAGGUUGUCCGACUCUCAUAGAAACCCGCCAAAGCGACACGGUGAUAUUUUACAAAGAGAACAUAAGGGAUCAACAAAUAGGGUUAGCGAAAUGAUAAAGUCUCUCGCUAAUCUAACGAAUAAAAAUAAAGCGAAGUAAAGUUAAGUUAAAUGGAGGCAAGACCCCAGGGCCGCAUCAAAGAUUUUAUUAACUUAUCUGGAUCGGAACAGCUAACCUUGUCGUCUCGUGGAUAUAAAAUAAUAAAGAAAAUAAAUGAGGGAUCUUACGCAAAGGUUUAUCUAGCCGAAUACAAGAACGCCAAUAAAAAGAACAGGGUUACGAUAUUAGCUUGUAAAGUAAUCGAUACUAACACGGCUCCAAAGGAUUUUGUAAAAAAGUUUCUCCCGAGAGAAAUCGAAAUGUUAAUUAAGUUGAAUCAUCCCCACCUAGUUCAUACACACAGCAUAUUUCAACGAAGAUAUAAAUAUUUCAUAUUCAUGCGUUACAUGGAGAACGGAGAUUUGUUAGAGCAUAUUUUACAAAAGGGCGCGGUACCCGAAGAUCAAGCCAGGAUAUGGACGAGACAGUUGGCGCUUGCUAUUCAAUACAUGCACGAAAUGGAGAUCGCGCAUCGUGAUAUCAAGUGCGAGAACGUUUUGCUGACGGCCAAUCAGAACGCCAAACUGUCUGACUUUGGUUUUUCUCGCAUGUGUGUAGAUCUUGACUGCAGAGAUAUUUCCAGCGAAACAUUUUGCGGGUCGUUGUCGUACACUGCGCCUGAGAUUCUACAAGGAUCUCCGUACUAUCCUAAACCAACCGAUAUUUGGUCUCUAGGCAUCGUUGUUUACGUAAUGCUAAAUAGGGCAAUGCCCUUCGAAGAGAAACAUAUUAAGCAAUUGUACCAAUCGCAAGUGAAUAAAAACUGGCGAUUUAGGAGCCGCUACAUCGACUCCAUCUCUGAGAACUGCAAGAGGCUAUUGCGUUCGAUGUUGGACCCAAAUUACAGAAACAGGAUUAAAAUUGAUGAAAUAAUCAACAGUGAAUGGAUCGCAAUGGACGGGAGGCUUUUGGAAUGGACUCCCCAGGAAACACAAGCGUACAAAAAAGCGCGAGAAGAAAAAGUUAUGCUCUUGCAAAAGAAAGACGUGAUAGAAGAAAUUAAAGCAGAAAAAGAGACGUGCCAUCCAGACAAAUCUAUUGUAAGAUCUACGUAUGAUUUAUCAGGGUCUACGUCAUCGUGAUGUACCUACAAUCGAAUACAUUAAAAAAGGUAUUUAAGGCAACGCAUAUGGUCGAUGAUUCACGUCAUACAGUGAUGGCCUGCAAAGUGAUAGAUACGGCACAAGCCCCGCGGGACUACUUGACGAAAUUCUUGCCACGAGAGUUGGACGUGUUGAUACGCGUCAACCAUCCCCAC